AUGUCCGUCAACUGCGAAACGACUCGAAGUCCAGGGCUGCUCACCCUUAUGGGACUCUCUGCGGUCAGCAGCCUGUAUUCGCCUCGCAUGCAGAAUCAAUACCCGCGAGUAGGCGCGAUCAUCAAGAUCGUUCUCACGGGAAGGGAGCAGAUCAACAAUUCCGCUCCGGUGAAGUUGUACGUUGAAUUCAGAAUAUCACUUCAUCGUCGAUCAUGGCAUGUCUGCCAUCACUACCGAUUUUCGACCCUCCCCACCCUCCCCAUUCGAGACCCGAUUGCAAGGGGAAGUGCAUAA